AUGGGUUUAGGAGUUUUCGGUUUCAAUACCAAAGGAAUUUUAAGGUUUGAUGUUGAAACAGCGUGCCGUAACACAUCCACACCGAUCAGAUGUGGCAUUAUUUUCAAUUCUUCCGAUAUUGAGACAAGAAUUGGGAAAUUUGGUAGGAAGGAGUUCGAGCCAAACCCGGAUAUUGCAGGUAUUGGGUCUCAAAAACAGAUUGUGGUGUCCUUAUUUGUUCAAGCUUUUUCGAUGCUUCUGCUACUGCUUUCUGGCUUCUUUGCUCCGAAACUGCAGAAAAAGCGAUCAUACUUCCAGACGCUCUUCUUCUUUUCGGACGUAUUUACAAUAGUGGCUAUGGUAUACAUAAUCAACUUCCUGUCGACAGGAAAAUGUGAUAUGUCGACAUAUCAUUACUACGUUGCUCUGGAUUCGGUACUGGUGGCUUGUUCAACGAUACUAGUAACAUUCACAAUUUCAGGAAAGCUUUACUGGAGGACCUGGGCGUGUAUUCUUCGGCUCAUCACUGCAAUCACAAUCUUCGCUCUUCUCGGAAUACUAUUGGGUUACCAACUGUACACACACGGCGAUAAGGACUUCCCUAACUACUGGCCAUCAAUAGGAAGCGAUACCGCUCUUCUACUCCCCGCAUCCUGCUUCUUUGAUCCCGAUCUGAUUAGGUACAGCAAUCCAUACUCCCCCAUGCGCGCGCGGAAAAGACCUUUUACAGAAGCUCAGAUGGCCAUAAUCGGACACCCCACUAAAAGCAAGAAAAUCCCUGAAAUGGGGCUUUAUUGGACGUUGGCAGCUCUCUUCUCCGUCGCGCUCAUCAUUUCCUUUGCGAAGUGUUGCCAUUGUGGCAAUUACUCGCGCAGAGCAAAACGCGCUGGAUUUCAAGAAAAGUCAAAGAUUUUUAUGAAGUGCUUCUCGGCCGUCAUUUUGGCAUUUUGUUUGAGUGUUGAUAUUUAUUGUGCAGUCCACGUCAGUCGUCUUAGAGCCUGGGCAAAAGCGUCCGGAUGGCUCGAGGAUAAUAGUGAGAAUGAAUGGUCCUCACUUGGGCAGUUAAUGCCAGUUGGUACUUUAGCUGGUAUUUUAUUUCUCAUUUUGGACCAAUUGAAGAGAAGGAAGCAAAUUGACUCACCUGCUCAACAUGUCUCAGUUGAUAUGGCUCAAACGGCAGCGUCCUUGUUAUCGACUGCUUGUACUUGUGCGGAUAUCCGUAACCCGUGGCCUAACGUGGCGGCCAACAGAACCAUGUGGAUGAGACGAAUGCGAUCACUCUCCUUAAGAAGCAAAAAGCGUCGUUAUGUUGCAUUAGCCGUCCUUCUGCUUGGCUUUUGGUUCACCACGACAAUUCUAUUUCCUAGAGCACCCUCACGACCGAAAUGGGCGGAUCGUGCAGUCACGCCGGCUCAACGAGCCGAAGUCGUCAAAGAUAUGUUUAAAUUUGCCUGGAAGGGUUAUUACAAGCAUGCCUUUCCUAACGAUGAGCUCGUCCCUAUGUGGAACUGGCAUACCAAUUCUAGAAAUGGUUGGGGCGCAACCGCCGUGGAGGCGUUAGGCACUGCAGCUAUUAUGGACAUCCCUGAAGUAGUGGAUCAGAUACUAGACUUUAUCCCUAAAAUCGAUUUUACAAAAAGCAAGGAUCCAGUAGACUUGUUCGAGACGACCAUUCGCUAUUUGGGAGGCAUGCUAUCAGCGUACGAGCUACUCACAGGCCCUCUGCAACAUCUAGCCCACAACAAGCCAGGGAAUGUUAAGGCACUUCUAAAUCAAUCGACGAAGUUAGCUGACACAUUGAAAUUCGCAUUCGACACCCCCACAGGAAUUCCAUGGAAAAAGCUUUUGCUCGACAAGCGAAUUGGUACUGACAGUACUAUCAAUACGGCUAGUUCAAUUGGGACUUUAGUGCUCGAAUGGACUCGACUUUCUGAUAUUACAGGCGACGAGCAGUACUCCACCCUCGUCAACAAGCCGAUGAAAUAUUUACUUAAUCCGCAACCGCAAAGAAAUGAGCCAUACCCAGGUAUCGUAGGCACUUGGCUCAACAUACACAGCGGCAAGUUCACUGAUGCUUGGGGCUCAUGGGGUGCGGGCGGAGAUUCGUUUUAUGAGUAUUUGAUCAAGAUGUACAUGUAUGAUCAGGCUCGCUAUCGCUUGAACAUGGAGAGAUGGGUCACGGCAGCCGACUCAACUAUUGAAACCUUAGCGAUUACUCCGCCGGGAGUAAACCUGACCUUCCUUACAGAAACCACUGGGCAGCCGCUAGAUCACAAAUCAGGCCAUCUCCAAUGCUUUGCAGGCGGUAAUUUCAUACUCGGUGGCAAGAUUCUAAACAUCACGCGCUACAUCGACUUCGGCCUCAAGAUCACAGAAAGCUGUCACGAAAUGUAUGCUCGUACAGCCACUGGAAUCGGCCCAGAGACAAUUAUUUGGCCACCUGCUAGCAUGACGCCCGAACAAGAACGCGAAUUCAAAACCCUUGGUUUCGGCAUCAGGAAUGCGAAUUUUCAACUCCGGCCCGAAACGGUGGAGAGCUAUUAUUACGCUUAUCGUGUGACGAAGGAUCGAAAGUAUCAAGAUUGGGCUUGGGAAGCUUUCGUUGCUAUCGUGGCUCACACAAAAAUCAGGAAUGGGUUCUCCCCCAUAAGUAAUGUCAACGAAGUUGGUGGUGGGUGGAAAUCGGGAAAGCAGGAAAGUUUCUUGUUUUCAGAGUUAUUCAAGUAUAUGUAUCUUAUUUUUGCCGAGGAAUCGGAGAUUCAGGUCAACUAUGAAGGGCGAAAUGAGUGGGUGUUUAAUACUGAAGGUCAUCCCUUGAGAAUCCCUGGACAUGGGGUGUAG